ACUACGCUGCUGCGCACGAACUUGGCGCAGACAUGAUUUGAACAAAAUCGUCAACGAACGAAGCUGGCACCGACAAAGUUGCCAACAAAUGGAAAUAGUCAAAAUUUCGCUUUCUGCUGGAUAAGUUGUGUUGAGGAUUAGAGCGGAGUGUAUUGUUCAUAGUAUGUUAGCUGUGAAGAAUAAUAAAAACUGCAAAGUGUAAAAGAAAUAAACAGUGAGUUAAGUGGAAAGGAAAUUCGUGAGACUUUGUGGUGCUUGGCAAGAAAACUAACAUUUUUUGGAAGUAAAUCGAACUAAAGUAAUUAAUUGGCGUGCGGAAACAAUUUUGGCGAGAAAAGAGUAGUGGCGACCGCAAACGAAAGUGAAUAAAAACAAAGACUAAAUAUAACUAAAGGAUGGUAUGUACAUAGACAAAUAUGUAUAUCUACAUAACUCCAGAUUAGAUCUUUUGCGGAAAUUCAUAACUGUGCUAUUGUGGAUAUUUCCAAAAAUCUAAAAAUAAAAACCCAUUUUUUAAAUUUAAUACAAACGGUGUAAAUAUUGUGUCACUGCGACACUUUAACUAUUAACUGAGUUUGUAGAUGAAGAAAGUGAAUUAUAAAAAAAUUACAAGAAUUUAAUUGGAAUUUUAAAAUGGAAACCACAUUGCUGUGUUUAUUGCGGUAAAAAGUAGAUUUCGUAAAGGCACUUUCGAAAUAAUCAAAGUGAUUUUUAUAGACCCGACAUAAAUCUCCCAAAUUCGGGACCAGAUUUCGAUGUUUCUCUAAAUGAUACAUAUGGCGCCACGUCGUGACAGCAAUAGCGCCAACAGCAGUUCCAGUAUUUUAGUGCAACAUCAACAGCAGCAAGGGCAACAACAACCUCAUCUAUUUGUAUACGCCUCGCUAUUCAACAGGGAAACUUUGCUUGAUUCUUCUAACAUUAGCACCGCAAUCACCAACAAUAUAAGCGACAAUUUGUACAACAGUAAUAACAACAAUACGAGCAUGCCACCUAUGCAAACAUCGAACCUGGCACAUCCUUCGCUGAGUGGGACUGCCUCUGGGGGGUCGAAUUCAAUCGCCCAGAAUGGGCACCACCCACACCAUGUCGGCAAUAACAGCAACGCUAACAACAUAAAUAAUAAUAUGAAUAGCAAUAGUAAUGGCAAUAUCCAGGAUCAAUACACCCGUUGUUGCUAUCCCAAUGGAGAUUGCUUAAAGUUGGAUGCCGGUUUAAUUUCUCUGGACGACCUGUGUGAUGUGGUGCGUGUGCUUUGUAAUAACGAGAACUGCAACAUGGGGCAGUACAUGCAUCGUGAGUGUUUCGAUGCAUGGGAGCAGUGUGUGCUCGCGACACUAAAGUCCGUAGGCCGGGCACGAUCGUGGUCCGAACGGCAGCGCAGCCAAAAUUUGUGGACAAAGAAGGGGUUUGAUUUAGUCUAUAAAGCUUGCGUGUGCAAAUGUGGUCAUGGUCAUAUUCGCAAGGAUCUGGAGUGGACCCCACCUACUCAGGCCACGGGAUCGAAGUCGUCAAGUGCAACUCUUAACGGUGGCGGCGGUCAAUAUGGCAAUGUAAAUAGCGGUCCAAUAGCUGGUGGUGUGCAACAGCGUGUUCUAAUGGUCAGCAGUACCUCUGCUGAGGAAGAUGACAAGAAGAAAAAGAAGAAAAGAAAUCGUAAUAAUAAUCUGUCCAAACCAAACAUGGCAGCAGUGAAUACAAACGGACUUAUUGCCGCAGGUGGUCAACAGCAGCAAGCUCAAAUGGUACAACCACCAGUAACCACCCAACAACAAUCUUCUCAAGCUGCUCAACAGCAGUCAGCCAAUUCCCUACUUAACGGACAACAGAAUGGUAUUAGCAAUAUUAGCAAUGGAAUCAGCGCAAUUUGCACGCCCAAUAAUGUGAACCCAACUGUUUGUAAAGCAGCCAUCGGUAAUAACCCAAACAACUCGCUCAUUUCUAGCAGCGGUAACAACCAAGUCAACAACGUCUUAACCAAUACCAGCGUUGGAGUUAUUGGCUCAGGUCUGCACAGCAGCAGCUCCACCAGCAACCAACAACAGCCACAAGCUCAACAGCAGCAACAUCAACAGGCCGUUGCCUCUUUGAAUAAUAUAUUGGGAUUAGAUUUGCGUGCUCGGGCCGGCAGUUUGUCGUCAAGUGGGGCGGGCAGUGGUUCUACAUCGCCUUCUGAUUCUCAAUCUAGCGGUGAGAUUUCAAUUUCGCCCAUAAAUCAACAACAGCAGCAACAGCAGCAGCAGCAGCAACAACAGCAACAACAUUUGCAACUGCAGCAAUACCAACAGAGCUUGUUGCAACAGAAUGGCUUAACGAAAAGCAUCUUAAAUGGUGCAUUAAACGGCUGCGUCGAUACAAUCCAACGCAAUGCUGCACUUUUGGCAGCACAGCAACAGCCCACGGGUUCUCAGAUUGUGGGUGGUGUAGCUGCCGUUAAUGGAUUAAACGGGUUAAAGCAAUUGAGUGUUUAUGAUCAGCAUUUGGUGCAGCAGCAGAGAAACAAGGAGGUGGAACUCUAUUCGGAGCGUGUACGCUUAACAUCGGGCUGUAAUGGCAUCUUUUCACGUCGUUUGGAUUUUUCGUCGUUCAAUUUGUUGCCGAAGACACGCUUAAAUUCCUAUCAAGUCAAGAUCGAAGACGAAGGCAACCAUGGCAACGAUGAAACCCGUCUUUUCAUUCUAUCUUCCUUGGCUCAGUCUCAAAUGAGUCGUGUCGCAUGCAUUUUAUGCGAGGAGCCGAUGUUGGUUUUCGAUCGCUAUCCGCUCGUGGAUGGAUCCUUCUUUUUGAGUCCGAAACAACAUUCAACCGGCUGCAUUGAAGUGAACUAUGAAGGAAGACCACUGUAUUUGACUUGCGUUUGCAUGGCUUGCUUGGACGGUAACUCAACCAAUCGUGUAAUAAAUUGCAGGUUCUGCGGUGAAAUUUGGGAUGGAUCGAAUCUAGUCCUCGGCACCAUGUAUUCUUAUGACAUUUUUGCCGCAAUGCCCUGCUGUGCUGAGCGUCUAAAGUGCAAUAACUGCUUCAAAUUGCUUUUGCAUCCGCAGCAGCGUCUAAAUUUCUACAGUGACUAUUCGCACUGCGUCACCUGUCCGUAUUGCGCCACGCAGGACACGCACUUUGUCAAACCGCUGAGCUUCUGCUACACCAAAAGCAACGUGGUACGCCAUCAGCCGAUCGCAUAACAUGAGGCCCCGUUGGAGUCCACGGAGAUGCUGGCGGCAGCGACAACAGCCACACAAGCAACAACAGCAGCCAACACUGCCAGCAUUGCCGCUCCAACGGCGAACAAUACAAGCAAUAAUAACAUUAGCAACAUCAUGCAAACGAAGAAAGUUAUUCUAUACAAUCCAUCAAUUGAUUACUCUGCACCGCUGCAACAACAAAUCAAUCCUGACAUUAUUGGCGCUCAUCCGCACGCUCAACAAUAUCAGCAGCAAUGCAGCGCCAGCGGUGCCAGCAACGUUAUACACAACACAAAUCAGGUAAGACAGCCACAACAGCAACAGCAGCAACCGCAACAACAACAACAGACGCAGACGCAGACGCAUCAACAGCCACGUGUGCCGGCAUUCACGCCAGUAGCUGCUGCACGCAUGUCCUUAGCUGGAUUGGCAGCUGCAGCUACAACAACAGUAGCCGCCGCCCAGACGUCGACCCAGCAGCAGCAGCAAAAGCAACAGCUGGUACACCAGCAACAAAUGCUGGCAACACUACCACUUAAAUUAAGUGAGCAAUGUAACCUAAGUAAUUUGCAUUUGAAUAGUUUCGUUAAUGAAAUAAGCCCGAUUAAGUCAGGCCUCGAACAACCGCAGAUACAGCAACAGCAACAGCAACACCAACACCAACGUAGUAACAAUCAGGUGGUAGGGUUGAUAGGUCGCAAUGGCGAAUCCAGCGCUUUGCUAGCAAAGAGUAGUGUCGGUAGCAGUAUUAGUAAUUUAUUAACUAGCAAUAAUUUAGCAACGACCACAACAACACCGGCAGCAUCAACAACAGCAACGGGCACAUUCUCGCGCGAAACAGGGGACGCCGCAACCAUGUCAGUACCGACGGCUAACAAAUUGAAUGCGCUCUGGAGCCAGCCGCACGCAGCAGUCAGCUCAUUCAUCAGCGGUGGUGGCUGCAUCACAGCCGCAGGCCAGCCGUUUGGCAACCAAACCGGCACCACUGACGCCAUCUCAACGCUGUGGGGUUGUACGCCAUCGUCCAUCUCCAGUGGCGCCUCAUCCACCAGCGGCUGUUCGAGCGGAUCCGGCUCGCAGCCUUCACUAAGCCCCACUUCCAGCACAUCCACGCGCCCAGAUUAUCGCAGCAGCAACAGUAAAGAGCCGUUGUGGUCGGUGUCAUCGCCGAAUACAAACAACUCACUCAGGGAUAAUUAUUACACCACAAAGACGGGUGUAGCCAUAAAUGCAGCAAUCAUGCAGGCCGGAGGGACCGGUGUUGGUGUUUCAGGAGUCCAUACGGGCGAUAAGAACCAGCAAUCGACAUCGCCCAGCGCAUCCUCCACCUGCUCGUCGGCUUCGUCGACCUGUUCAUCUGGAUUGGGCUCGAACUCGAGCACUGCCAUUGACGUCGGCGUGUGGCCCAACUGCAAGCUACAGAGCUUCUUCGCAGCCGAUAACUGUGCCGCCACCACUGCCGCAAUCGAGGACACCUCACAGUUUGCCAAGAUUAGCAAUAUUUGGGACAUACCGAACCCGGCAGCAGACAACACUUCACGCACCACUGCUGACCUAUUCACCGAUCUCUGGCGCACCAACACUAACGACAGGAGCAGUGUCGCAGCAGCAACAGCUGCAUCACGAAUGACCAGCAACACAAAUGCUGAUGUGGAUGUGGGCGAGUCCAUAGACUUCACAGAUGCCUCGAGCAUUUGGCGCACAAACGUCCAGCCCUCAACCUUCGCCGGCGGAGCAGGGAGCCGUGCGCUCACCAAACAGCUACCGACAACAGCCGCACCAGCUGGCAGCAAUAACAAAGGAUUUCGUUCAAAUUCAACAGCCGAUGGGGGGGACCACUGCAUUGGCGCUGGCAGGGGCGUAGUGGAGGCUGAUGGCGGCACGGCCUGCAUGCAAUUGUUUUCGGAGCAAUUCCUCAAUUAUAUAAACAUAAUGAAUUACGCUGAUUAACUCUACAAAGGACGAAAAUUUUUUGAAAGUAUGAGAGAAUGAGAAAAGCGUCAAAUGUAAAAUGGUGCAGCAAGCAGCGGAUUGCAUACGAGAAGGGAAAUCUAACCAAGCAAACUAUUGUUAAAAUAAAAAUAAAAGAUUAGAAAAAGGCAGGUUUAUUUGUAGUAAUAGUAGUAACGGAAAACGUUAGGUACCGGUAAUUUUGUUGUUUCUUCUGUGCGUUACGUUACUUGCUUGUGAAAGAAAUAUUUGAAAAAAAAAAAAUAAUAAUUCAAUAUGUAAUGAAUGACAACAACAACUAAUAACUACUAUAAACACACAAAAUAUUUAAUGACAUUGUUAUUUAGUUACAAAUAAUGCUACUAAGUAAUAUACGUGCAUACAUAAAACGUUUAUUGAAAACGAAAAAAUUAGUCCAUUUAGCUUAGUUUUUUUUUUAUAGAUGUAAUUUAGUUUGCACACUGUGAAAUAAAUGCCGUGCGGGAAACACUUUGCGUUCAGCGAAAGAGCCUUGAAACUGUGAAACGCAAACUGUUUCCGGGCAACUAGAAAUAGCUUAGCAUAUUUCCCUCAACGUUUGUUUGAAUUAUUAUUUAGUUAAAUUCUAAAAUCUGCAAUUAUCAUCACUGAAAUCAAUAUGUGUAAAUUUUUUUAUGUUUAAAUUAAUUUUGUUGAUUUUUGUUUGAGUUUUUUUUUUUACAUUUUUACUUACCGCAAAUUAACCUUAAAUAAUUUAUGUAUGUUUAAUUACAAUUUUUAGUUAUUUCGCCACAUCUAUGAAAACUUUGUACUUGUUAAGCUAUUAAGUAUGGAAAAUGCAUAGAAUUUUUAAAGAAAAUUUACCAAAUAUUUUUGUUAGUAUAAAAGCAAAAACUUGCAACAGCUGAUUACCUACUAUGAAACCAUCACAAUUUUUGUGUUUCAUUUAAUUACUUUUGUAGCAUGUUGUCGUAUAAAUUUAUUGAUUAGCGUUACUUAUUCCUUUCGGUUUUCACUUUUAAUUUUAAAACAAAUAUUGCUGUGUUUUUCAAUAAACAUAAACCUACUUUUGCAAGAGGAAUGAAUAAACAAUUGCGCUUAGUAAGUUUAUCUGCCUAACUCUAUAUAUGUAUAUGUAUUUAGAAAGGAGCAAUUGUUAGUAAACGUGUGUUAAGAAGAACCGUAAUUAGUGAUUAGUAGAGUAUGAGAAAUGCAAUGAAGAAAAUACUAAAUAAUGUGUUUAGCUAUUCGUUGAUUGUAAUUUUUUUAAUGUAACAUCUUUACCUUCAAUUGGUAAUUAUAAUGUAGAGACCCACCUCAGAUGGACAUCACUUUUUUGCACCCCAUGCAGCCAAGCAAUUUCGUACUUUGAAAUCGGGUUGGAACGGGAGCCUUGCCGAUUCCCGUUCCGUUUACAAUAGACAGAGCCGGUUAUUUUCACUGUUCAUGUUUGCUUUUCUUCUUCUGGGUAGAUCAAAAACACAAAAAAAAGCAAAAAUGAUUAUACUAACUAAAAUUUUUAACAACACGGUGUAACAAAAUUAAGAAAAUCGCACGAACUUUUUAAGUGACCGAGUAAAGGUCUUAGAUCUGCUUGAAGGAAUAAAAAAAAUUCGUAAGACUACUUGGACUAACCAAUUUUUGGCUCAGUUAUUUGUUAAGCAAUUUUAUAUAUAAAAUGGUUUCGGAAAGGAUUUUUGAGGACUUGCCCAAAACUUGGUAUGAAUACAUACAUAUGUAUGUGUGUACAUUCGGCAUUUGACUUUUUAAAUUAAAUAUACCUGUGAGUAUGGGACGAAGAGUGUUCAAAAACAAACAUACAUAUGAGGCCUUGAGAGCCAGAAUCAAAACGGUAAAAGCUCGGGGUAUGCUCUUUUAGUUUUCUUUUACUAUAAUUGUUAGCAUGACGUACUUAGGUGCAUUGAACUUUUCAGUAAAUAUCGUAUUUAUUAUAUAUAGAUUAUUCUUUCUCAUAUUACUCAAAGACAUUUUUUGUGGAUAGGCUACUCUGCCUCUCAUGGCCUCAUACAUGUAUGUAUGUAAUGAAAAAUUCCAUGUCAACAGAAUUAUGACUGCGCUCAAAAUUGGUCUCUAAAUUUUAUUUUUCAUUCGGUAGGAGUUUUCCAUUUACAUACAUACAUAUCCAUCAUUUACUUCAAUAGUGUCAUAAUCCAAAUCCAAAAAUACAAAAAUUUAGUUAAGUAGGUAUGCCGAAAUAACCGCUACCACUUCCAUUAUGUUGUGUACUAAUUCCAUAGCUGUAUCGAUUACCAUUAUCUUACUAGAACAAAAAAUGUACAUACAUAUAUACUUUUACUAUCGGCGUUUUAGGUACUCACAAAAUUGAGUAGACGGUGAUUUUUUCCCAUCAAAAGUAUAUUCAGGAUCGCCUAAAUUUUCAAAUAUCUCCCAAUUUCGUACUAACUUUCUUACGGUAUUGUUUUAAAAUAUAGACCGUGUUUAAUAAGCAAUUGUACAAAAUUCAUCUUAUACCCAAUUCCACAUAUAAAAAUUCCAAUUUUUGAUCGCAGUUAUAAUUCGGUUGACAUGGAAUUUUCCAUAUAACUAUAGUAUGUGUAUGUAUGUUCUAUUUUAAGUACAAGUAUAUGUAAAUAAAUUUUUUCCUUUCUCCAUGAGGGAACUUGUACCCAAUUUUGACCAAAGCGAAAAGCGUUAUUUUUGUUAGUUUUCAUAACUGCUCAGCCUCUCCUCAUGUGCAUAUAGAUUUAAUUUAAUUAAAAAAGUCAUAUGCCUAAUGUAUAUGCCAUAUGAAUAUGUGAAUACAUAUACAUAUGUACAUAUGAAACAGGCCCCUUAAUUAUUUGUCAAAGAAAAAAAAUUGUCAAUUGAUUUGAGUGAGAAAUACUAUAGGAGGAAGUCAUUAGCAGCUAAUAGGAUUUACCGAGAUCUAAUAAAAAUUCAUUUUCCUUCUACAUAUAUUAAAAAAUGUGAUAGCUUCACCAUUCAUUUCAGUAUGUGAUAUCUCGUUCCAUUACAAAUGAAAUAUUUAUUAUUUCUAAAAUUUGUUAAAGAUCUUUAUUUUUGAAUAAGUUCCGAAAUUCAGGCUGCUAGAGAAAUGUUAAAGAUAGUUUCGAGAACUAUACGGCCUACGGCCAGAUCCACAACUUGUACUAGGUCACUUGAAAAGUUCAUUUUCAUUGUUACACAGUGUUAUAAAACAAUUCGGACUCAGCUUGCUUAACCAAUUCAAAAAGAUUU